UGGAAUAUGCUUUAAGGGAAAAAAUAAUUGGUAGCACUGCUAUGUCUCUUUGUCUUUCUUUACUUGAUGUUCUCGCAAAAGUAACUCGUUGAAUAAGUGAAGGAUGGCUCCAAGAUAUGAAUUAGCUGUUGGUCUCAACAGAGGACAUAAAACUACUACCAUCAAAGUGGCAAAAAGCAAAACAGAAAAAGAAAAAACUGUUAUUCUUCGACCAUCUAGAUUGAAGGGGAGGCAAACAAAGCACAGUAAAUUUGUCAGAGACUUAAUACGUGAAGUAACCGGACAUGCUCCGUAUGAAAAGCGUGCAAUGGAAUUGCUGAAAGUAUCGAAAGACAAGCGUGCAUUAAAGUUUCUGAAAAGAAGGUUGGGUACACAUAUCCGAGCCAAAAGGAAACGAGAGGAACUUGGAAAUAUACUUGUACAAAUGAGAAAAGCGGGAGCACAUCAUUAAUUUCAUAAAAUUAAUGUAUCUUAUAUUAAUAUUAUUAAAAUAUAUUCAUAAAAAAGAAAUUCUUAAUUCCAAA